UCUCGCGAGGCCGCGCCCCGGCUCGCGCGGGCGUCGUGCACGCGGUUGUAGCUGCCUGGCGGCGGGAGAAGCCGCGCUCGCGCCAAGGGACGUGUUUCUGCGCUCGCGUGGUCAUGGAGGCGCUGCCGCUGCUAGCCGCGACAACUCCGGCCCAAGGCCGGGACCGAAGGCUGCUUCUGCUGCCGCUACUGCUGUUCCUGCUGCCGGCUGGAGCUGUGCGGGGCUGGGAGACUGAGGACAGGCCCCGCACCCGCGAAGAGGAGUGCCACUUCUACGCUGGUGGACAAGUGUACCCGGGAGAGGCAUCCCGGGUAUCGGUCGCCGACCACUCCCUGCACCUAAGCAAAGCCAAGAUUUCCAAGCCAGCGCCCUACUGGGAAGGAACAGCUGUGAUCGAUGGAGAAUUUAAGGAGCUGAAGUUAACUGAUUAUCGUGGGAAAUACUUGGUUUUUUUCUUCUACCCACUUGAUUUCACAUUUGUGUGUCCAACUGAAAUUAUCGCUUUUGGUGAUAGACUUGAAGAAUUCAGAUCUAUAAAUACUGAAGUGGUAGCAUGCUCUGUUGAUUCACAGUUUACCCAUUUGGCCUGGAUUAAUACCCCUCGAAGACAAGGAGGACUUGGGCCAAUAAGGAUUCCACUUCUUUCAGAUUUGACCCAUCAGAUCUCAAAGGACUAUGGUGUAUACCUAGAGGACUCAGGCCACACUCUUAGAGGUCUCUUCAUUAUUGAUGACAAAGGAAUCCUAAGACAAAUUACUCUGAAUGAUCUUCCUGUGGGUAGAUCAGUGGAUGAGACACUACGUUUGGUUCAAGCAUUCCAGUACACUGACAAACAUGGAGAAGUCUGCCCUGCUGGCUGGAAACCUGGUAGUGAAACUAUCAAACCUGAAGAUGCCAUGAAAGCCUGGUGGCCAAGAGAAGAGCUAUAAUCCCAGAUCCAGCUGGAAAGCUGAAGUAUUUCGAUAAACUGAAUUGAGAAAUACUUCUUCAAGUUAUGAUGCUUGAAAGUUCUCAAUAAAGUUCACGGUUUCGUUACCA